GUCAAAUUGUCAAAAUUGUCAAGAAAGACUGAAGUCUUGAAAUAGUUUUUUGUCCGAUUGCGAUUUUGUUUCGAUGACGUGCCGCCUUCAGCGAAGUUUUGAAAGUUUUGCAUAAAUAACAAAAUACAAGGUGCAAUUUGGUGUUUUGGUGAUAGACAAAGCUUUAAAUAUUAAGCCGGAAAUCUAUUUUAAGGUUAUAAAAUAGUCUUCUAAAAAUUCGUCAUCUGUUCUUAAGUGUUAUGCUAACAUUAUUUUUUAGACUUUAAAAUCGAAAUUAAAGACCCUUGAUAAGUGUUAGAAGUGCUAAAUUGUUUUUUUUGGCUAAACUGUUAGAAUGGGAGUUAUCAUAUCACGAUUUCGGCGCAAGAAAACAACGACAGAAAUUCUAGAGCAACUAGAGAAUAAGAUAAAAGGCAUAGAAGAAGAUGGCCAGUAUAAAGAGCAAACAUAUAAGCGUGUCAUCGGAUACAUUAUGGCGUAUUCUGUCGGAUUAUAUGUAGUGUUUGCUAUCCUAUAUUAUUAUAUGUAUGUUGGAAAAAGUCAACAUUGGCUACACUCGCUAAUAUACGCGUCACCUCUCCUCGUGCUGCCCAUACUAGUGAUAUUUGUUCGUACUACAAUAUCUUGGUACUACAAUUGGUCUUUGAACAAAAACAGAAUAAAACUAAACAAGAUGCGAGAAGAGAAAAAGAAGAUUCUAGAGGAAGUCAUGAAUACAGAGACUUACAAGGUAGCUAAGGAGAUACUGGACAAAUACGGCAGCCCUGAGGAGCAAUCGAAGGCGUUGAAGCCUUUCGUGCCGACAACGAACGUGCCCGGUAAACUAACCACGCCCAGUCAAUCACCAGUUCCAGCAACUCCUGGCCAGUUGAGACAGCGACAACUGGCUUUGGCUAGUUCUACCCCACUAGGUAACAACAACAUGAAUGUAUUGGCGAUUAACAACUCUAUGGCCUUAUACAAAGGGCCUAGACUUAGGUCUGAUCAACUCCCGCGGCCGCUUCUGGAUAGGAAUCGGUCGGCGUUGGAUAAAGUGGUCGAUUACAUAUUGAAGGAUGGUCCCAGUAACCGCAUGGCGCUUAUAUGCAGUGGUUGUUCAUCGCAUAACGGUAUGGCAAUGAUCGAAGAAUUCGACUAUGUGUCAUACUCAUGUGCUUACUGCGGUAAGUUCAAUCCUGCUCGCAAGCAACGCCCCCACGCGCCUCUACUGUCGCCCGCACGUCUACCUAUAACUGCAGGGAGCCCUGAUGAUUCUUCCAUCGCCAGUUCUGCGUCCGAUAGUGAAGAAGAGAAAAUCGAAUCAAAUAAAGUUGGAUCUGCAGAUGAAUUGGAUCGACCCCCCUCUCCCAUGGAAGAGGAGACGAAAUCUCCAACCGAGAAGAAAGAAGACUGAAAGUUUAUAGUCAAAACGAAUAUCCGACAACCGAAUCCGAAAGUUUCGAUUACUUUCCAAGAUUCCAUAAUAUAAAACAGCAGAAGGUAUCACCUAAUUUAUUGGAAUUUCAAAAGAGGUGUUGUGUUUGGGUGAUAUCUAAAAGGUGGUGAACGAAAGUUUUUUUUUAAAUUGGGUUUUAAAAUUGGAGGCACGGAUUUGUGUGAAUUGAAAAAUUUUAUUUAUUGGCUACUUGUAUCUGUAAUAUCCGGAGAUUGCAGGUGAUAUCUUACUGGAAAGUGACAAUGUCACUUUACACUUUAAUAUAUAAUUUCAGUAGUGUUUCUUUAAAUAUUUAUUGAAAAAUAAUAGUUAAAAUAUUGAACAAAAAUAUAAAAGUCAAUAAAAAUAUUGAAGAGAUAAGUACCUACUGUAAACGUACGGUAUUAAGUUAUUUUAAGUAUGUUCGAAUACUUUAGU